AAUUAAAAAAGAGUGAAAUUGAACAUAAAAAGCUCAAAAAUGACAACUACCUGCCGCUUCGUGUUCGUAGUUGCCAUGCAAGUUGCAAUUUUCGUCGUUGCAUCUGGCAUGCAAGACAAAACAGAGGAUCAGCAUUUAUUUCCGCACAACGAUCGAUGCGAGCGAAUCACAAUCCCGCUAUGUCUCGACAUCGAAUACAACAUGACAGUCAUGCCGAACAGCAUCGGGCACUCAAAACAGGAAGAAGCUGCCCUCGAAGUGCAUCAAUUCAUCCCCUUGGUCAAAGUUGACUGCAGUCCCGAUCUGAAAUUCUUCCUGUGUUCACUUUAUGCGCCUCCUUGCACGAUUCUCGAGGAGCCAAUUCGCCCGUGUCGCAGUUUAUGCGAAAGCGCAAGGCAAUGCGAAAGUCUCAUGAACAGUUUUUCCUUCCAAUGGCCCGAAAAUUUGGAAUGCAGCAAAUUUCCCGAAUACGGCGGCGACACAAUUUGCAUCGGAAGGAACAAUACGUCGAGUGGCACGAGUUCGCCAACUGCUGCGGGAGGCACAGGGCUUGUUGUAACGCCAAAACCAACGGGACAAACGAGCAAAGGCAGACUUCGUCCCGUUACGCCGCAUCGCGAUUUGGGCUUCGUGUGUCCCGUGCAACUCAAAAUACCCUCCGGAUUGGGAUAUUUAUUGACUGUGGGCGAUAAGACGGUGAAAGACUGCGGCGCCCCAUGUAAUUCAAUGUUCUUCAGCGAAAACGAACGUGCCGUCAUACGGUAUUGGGUCGGCUCGUGGGCAGCUGUGUGUGUAGCCAGUUGUUUGUUUACGGUCCUGACAUUUUUAAUUGAUCCGUCACGGUUUCGUUACCCCGAACGCCCGAUUGUGUUUCUCGCAAUAUGCUAUUUGGUCGUUGGAUGCGCAUAUGUCGGCGGAUUAGGUGCCGGCGAUAGUGUGGCAUGUCGCGAGCCAUUCGCUCCUCCUGUUCGCUUGGGACGACUUCAAAUGCUCUCAACCAUCACACAGGGUCAUCGUCAAUCCACGCCAUGCACAAUCCUCUUCAUGGCACUUUACUUUUGCUGCAUGUCGGCGUUCGCUUGGUGGACUUGUCUCACGUUGGCGUGGUUCUUGGCAGCUGGAUUAAAAUGGGGACACGAAGCGAUCGAAGCGCGUUCCCAUAUUUUUCAUCUUGUUGCAUGGGCCGUGCCCGCUGUGCAGACAAUGUUUGUGUUGGCACUCGGAAAAGUUGAAGGCGAUGUCCUUUCAGGCGUUUGUUUCGUCGGUCAACUCGACACCCACUCAUUAGGAAUGUUCCUGCUGUUGCCAUUAUGUAUUUAUCUCUCCAUCGGGGGACUCUUUCUUCUCGCCGGCUUCAUCUCUCUCUUCCGGAUACGAACUGUGAUGAAGCACGAUGGAACGCGCACCGACAAACUCGAACGCUUGAUGUUGCGAAUCGGGUUCUUUAGCGGUUUAUUUAUUUUACCCUCUGUCGGGUACUUAGCCUGCCUUUUCUACGAAUAUUAUAAUUUUAAUGACUGGAUGAUCCAAUGGAAUCGUCAAAUGUGCAAAAUUUUCUCGAUUCCGUGCCCAUCGAUACGCCCGGGCGGCAAUGGCGACGAAGACAAGCCCAUUUUUCACAUUUACAUGGCGAAAUAUGUGUGCUCGAUGCUCGUCGGCGUGACGUCGAGCGUUUGGCUGUGGUCUGGCAAGACAGUCGUCAGUUGGAGACUCUUCGCUGAACGCUUACAGGGUAAGGAUGCACGGAAUCGGACGGCGUAUGUCUAGCAGUGAGUAAGAUGUUCUUGCUGUUUGUCCUUGUCUUUACUAUUUUCAUGGUACCAAAUAUUAAAAUGUAGAUGAUGAUAUUUUUUAGCUGAAUUAGCGAUAGUUAGGUUUACAUGACGACGACUGCCUGCGCAUUUUAUGCCGCAUUUUAUACAAUUUUAUCCGUAAACGCGAAAAAGUGCUAUAAAUGUCUAUUAUUUACGACUCGUAGUCCCAUCUAAUGUAAGAAAUAUCAUUAAAUAACUCAUCAAUUAUAAAAAUUAUAAGAAAACGAGGCUUGUUGUUAGAUGCCAAGUCAAUGUGUUAUUUUACCAGCAUGUAAAUUACCUUGUAACAUAGCGAAAUCUUGAACUGUUUAACCUUAUCUCGUAAAAAAUGAACCUAAAGGCGCGCGAUACUGUUCAAAAGUGGCAAAUGCAACUCCAAAAAUGCGAGAAAAAAAUCUCACUAAUCCUGCCGUCAAAAAAAUAAUUAAAAAUAUCUACCGAAAAGAGCAGACGAAACGAAUCAAGACAUAAGAAAUAAAUAAAAUGAAACACAAGUCAUUUAAA